AGAAUUACGGCAUUUCCGAUCUUGUUGUCGAUUGGGAUUUGUUGGACAUGCUUCCCCGAGGAUUACGUCCUCUAAGUACGUUCUUAGCAUCAAAUAACUGGAUCUCAUUGAUCGCUGUCCUUCAGGUUUCCUAGAGGGACUAGCAGGGCAAGGAUCACGAAUCGAGGCUGUUUUUGAGAUAGAGGCAAAGGUGGUGGAUGACCAACUGAAUUCGUCGAAUCUGCAGCGAGGCUAUGAACCCGACCGGCAAAGCCAGGAGAUUGAUAUACCCUCAAAACCCCACUCUCCUGCUCAAUCCACUUCAUCAUCACCUGCAAAGGGGGCUUCGCCCCCGCCCAUCAAGGUUCCUACAUCACCUUCUCACCCUAUUCGCUUCCCCGGCUCGGGUGGCUCACCAAUGUCUCCAAUCCACGAUAGAGGAAGGAGAGGUCUUGGCGGUGUAUCGAUGCAUUGGACAGAAACAACGAGUUCUGGUUUUUUUGCCGAUGCUGAACCAUCCAUCUCCUCGCAACCGGACCAGCCUCAAACUCGUUCUGGAUCCCUGCCUGCUAGACAAUUACCCCCUCGGCACGUUCGCACGAGGCGAGAUUCAGCUGCAUAUGUUCGAACACGUGCACUCAGCGGAGGCACUGUAACGAACCCUUCCAUAUCAGCCGUUCUGAACAGUGCCCCGAAGCAGUCGCCACUCGAGCAGUUGUACGGAACAAUUGUAGUGGAAGACGAUGAAGACGAUGACCCAUUGUCAGCCACUGGACCACCGCUAUUACCUCGAGGGCCACAUACGGCUCGGGGAGUGCGGGCGACGUCAAACUUUUCUGAAGAGGCAGAGCUGUAUCGCAGAAGACCAUCCUUCAAUCCCUUCUUGCAGAAACCGGAGCUGGAGCAUUCUGAUCUGGAGCAGGAGCCGGAAACGGUUCAGGAGAUCCGAGAUGAGGAGGAGCGUGCCAAUCCGAUUACAGAGAACAAGGAGAUGAUGCACUUGAUAAUGGACUUGGGAAAAGGGCAACGGAAGAUUGAGGAGCAAUUACAACAGUUGGUUGCUGCGUUGAACCAAGGGAUCGUUAGCUGAAUCAUCCAAAAAUUUCACGCCACCUCGAGGUACUUCGGAUCGUCGUGAAUCUUUGUCCCGUUUAAA